AUGGCAUUUGAAGAAUUCACCAAAAAAAUCAUAGAGAAAUUCGACAUUUCCCUUGACGUGAUGAAGAUGCACUACACGCUGAAGUUCAAUCCCAGAGUCAUCCAAGAUUUAGAAGAUGAGGAUGAUUUGGAUAACGUGGUUUCCCACAGUGAUGACUUUGCAAAUGUAUACCUAGUAGACUUACCCUCUGUGGAAGCCAUUGAAGCAAAUAUCUCGAAUUCACAGUUGGCAUUUCGAGAUCCACCUAUCACGUUCCCGUCCUCUAAUGCAUCAUGCGAUCCAAUUCCUCAAACUAUGAUGCUAUCAAGAGGUUUUGCGUCGCGUUGUGCAGAUACUGAGUACAUCCCUUUGGAAUCGAUUCGUUUUCGUGAGGCAAUAUUAGGGUCGGGACAUACAUUUAAAAAUGCCGAGGAGUUUCGCAAUGCAAUUUACCAGAUGUCAUUAGGUGGGAGGUUUGAAUACAAGUACAAGAAAAAUUCCCCUACGCAUAUGUCUGUCAAGUGUUCGGUUGAUGGUUGUCCUUGGAAGAUAACAGCUCACGCUAUCGAGGGAAAUGUCAUCUUGCGAGUUCAUACUUACCAAGUGAAUCAUAAUCAUAUAGCUCAGGAUGAGUGUUCAUCUAAGGUGAAGGUUUCUUCAAAGAGAGGUGCGGUUGUUGUUGAAGAUGUGUUUAGAACCACUCCAGACUAUCUUCCCCGUCAAAUUUGUAAGGAUUUUGAACGUGAUCAUGGGGUUCAAUUGACAUAUAACCAAGCAUGGCACCUUAAAGAGAAGGCAAAAGAGCGCAUAUAUGGAGUACCACGCGACUCUUACACGUUUCUCCCUUGGUUAUGCCAUAGGCUAAGAGAAAUAAACCCGGGCACAAUUGCGGAGUACACUUCCCAAGAAGGUCAUUUCAUGCAAUUGUUCAUUGCCCAUGCAUUUUCAAUUCAAGGGUUCAUCAUGGGGUGUCGACCUGUAUUGGCUAUUGAUUCUUGCCACCUAAGCGGUCCAUAUAAGGGAGCUCUUUUGUCUGCCAUUGCAUAUGAUGCAGAUGAUGGAAUGUUCCCGCUAGCCCUUGGUGUGGUAAGUUCAGAAAAUUAUGAGGACUGGUAUUGGUUUUUGGAUAAAUUAAAGGGGGUAUUAGAUGGUAAAGAAGUUGUUAUUAUAUCAGAUAGACAUCAGGGAAUCUUGCGUAGUGUUUCGGAGUUGUUUGGGACAGGAAAUCAUGCAUAUUGUUAUCGCCAUGUUAAGGAAAACUUUUCUAGCUUCUUCAAUAAGCAAAACAUUCGAGGAAAGAAAGGAAAGAAGAUGCUUGCUACUUUUGGACAGCAUUGCGUAUGCUAG